GGAACCAGGAGGCGACGAUCACCAAGAAAUCAGAAUCCUCUUCCAGCUGCACCCCUGACCAGACCGAGUACAUCGACCAGCAGCAAUCAGCAUGGCAUGGCUGCAUGGCCAGCGUCACCCCUUGAUGACCCCACACAGAGUCCUGCGCUGAACUGCAGGCACACACCAAAAAGACAGAAUUUUUACUCGCCUGAACCCCGUCGAGCACAGAUCGAGACCUUUCACAAAGUCGCAAAUAGAUUGCUGUCCCGAAGCCCGACGACAUGCGCUCACCACCCAAAGUCCCAGACUCUCCCUGUCAUCCAGACCUGCGCUGUUGAAACUUGGCGGCAGUUGACCCUUUCCUUUCCACCUGUUCAUUUCGAUUCUCGGCUUUUCCACCAUUUUCAUCGUAAAGAUUCUCACCGCUCGCACAAACGCCCACCGGCAGUUCCACUGAGCCCCGUGAAGUACAGACCAGAAAAGGCAAAGGCUACGGGGCCGAAUGGCCUGUUGCCCGUCAUUGAUACGAAGCCCGCAUACAAAUCCGUAUCGAGGUUGAUCAGCUCCCGAAUCGAGGUUCAGGCCAGCCAGGCUCCACGAACGGAUCCGCUACUUCGAGAACAGAUACUAGGGGGCUUAGCGAUUUUCACAGUUCGACUCCGUCGUCCAAAAUUCCAAGUCGGAGUUCAAGUGGGAAGCCAGGCAUUGGACUGAGGAC